AUGAUUCAUUUUUAUAUACUUAAAGCUAGUACAAAUAUAAACAAUAAUGAAAAUACAAUGUUCUAUCAAGCUUAUCAACAAUUACAUACAAAGGAUCAUGUAAUAUUUCGACGACCAAAUGAACAACUUUGGCAUGCACAAUAUAUUGACAUGCAUAGUACUGAUCAUGAUGGAGCUUAUCGUGAUUUUAUAACUCAUAUUUGUUUUGAUACAUGUUCAUCACGAUUAUCAUUAUUUAUUUUAUGUCCUAAUGGAUGUACAAAUACUGAUUUAAAUCGUGAUUGUUGGAUUCCAAAUGUAUUGCCACCAAAUAAAUCUAUACCAAACAAAUAUAAAAAAACAAUAUCAUUAUUAUGGAAAAAAAUAUUAAAUGAAUCAAUUACUAUUGAAGAUAUUCAAGAUAUUGAUUUACAAAGUUUUACAAUUAUAAAUGAAACAGAAAAAAAUUUUGAACAAACUAAGUUAACUAAUAAUGAUAAUAAUAUAAAUUCAUUAUUUGGUAGUAUUAUGAGUGAAUUAAGAUUUGAUGUUGUUAGUUCAUCUGGUGAAACCUAUGAACUUAUUCCUAAUGGUUCAAAUAUAUCUAUAACAAUUGAAAAUUUUAAAUAUUAUUGUUCUUGUUUAUAUAGUAUUAUUCCAUAUCAUUAUUUAAAUUUAUUUACUCCUAAAGAACUUGAAGAAGCUGUUUGUGGAAAAGAUCAAAUUGAUAUAGAAAUUUUAAAACGAAAUACUUUAUAUGGUGGUGAUUAUAAUGACAAUGCACUACCGAUUGAACGAUUUUGGACUGUUCUUAAUGAAAUAAGUACAUUAACUAUUCGAGAUGAAGAUUUUCAAUCAAAAUUUAUUAUUACUUCAUACGAUGUUUAUCAAGGUGAAGUUGAUCAAACACUUCCGCGCAAUUUAGCCGAAAAAUUUGGUGGCAAAUGGAUCUUUAGUGGAUGCAUAUUGAUAGCUAGCAUUUUAACAUUAUUAACGCCGCUGGCAGCUCGAGCUCAUCUUGGAUUACUCAUUGCAAUUCGGGUCUUAAUUGGCUUAUUCUCGGGUCCCGCAUUUCCGUCCGCAGCGGCUCUUUGGGGAAAAUGGAUUCCACCUUCGGAACGAAGUACUAUUCCACCUGUCUCUCAAUCGGGAACUAAUUUCGGUAUCAUAUUUACCACACCACUUGUUAGUUUUAUGAAUAAUUCAUCAUUUCUUGGCGGAUGGCCAUCGGCUUUUUAUGUGUUUGGUAAUAAGACAGUUUAA